AAGGGAAGAGACAUCCUUCGAAGCCUUCGUCUCCCGCGAACCGGCGGAUUGGGGCGAAGGGAAUCUUCCAGCCGCCGGUGGCAUGACGGGACCAUCGCUCGCUGACGGGAGGUCGCCGACCAGGAAGAGGAGCGGCAGCGAGAGAACCACCUCCAUAAACUCUUUGGACCACGACAUUCUCUGUGCCGUCUUCUCCUUCCUUGGCCCCUUCGACCUUGCUCGCUGUUCCUCCGUCUGCAAAUUCUGGAACAAGAUUGUCGACAAAUCCAAGUUAUUGCAAGAGUUGUAUUAUAGACAGCGUGGCAGUUAUGCACAUUCUUCCGAUAUGCCGGCACUCUCACAGAAACCACUGAGACACCAUAUGCUGGAAUGGGCGAUAAAACAUCACCAAUCUUCUUUGAGAGAAGGCCAUGUUGAAGUUGAUCAGUGGAAAGGGCAUUCAAUUGGGGUCAAUCGGUGCCGAAUGAAGAUGGGUUUGAUCCUCACUGGUGUAGGUGACAAGGUUAUGCGUCUCUGGUCAGCUGAAAGCUACAAAUGCCUUGGAGAAUAUGCUAUUCCACAUGCAGUUUCUUUAAUUGAUUAUGAUUUUGACGAAAGCAAGAUUGUUGGCUUGAUUGGCACUCGCAUAAGCAUAUGGAGGCGUGGGGGCCAGAGAAGCAUAUUUCCCUCCCGUGAAGGAACGUUUCCGAAGGGUUUGUGUCUGCGUUACCUCGAUCCUGAGGCAGUUGUUGGAUGUGAGGAUGGUACUGUUCGUGUGUUUGACAUGUACAGUAGGAAAUGUUCUCGAAUCAUUAGGAUGCAUUCUGCCCCAGUGACCUGCUUAUCUUUGAGCGGUGAGCAGUUGAUUUUUAGUAGUUCCUCACUUGGCAGCAUCACAAUAUCAGGUCUUUCAUCUGAUGAGCGAGUAGCAACAUUGAGGCCGAAUGAUCGCAUAGGUGUAAAGGCAUUAUGUUUCAACCCUUGUUCGAGUUUAGUAUUUGCUGGAUGUGCUUCUGGAUAUGCAUCUUGUUGGGAUCUCAGGAAAAUGGGGCUUCUGUGGGAAAGACGAGUGAGCCCGAACGUGCUGUACUCGCUGGGACACAUGCAGAAUGACUCGUCGACGCUGGUUGUUGGUGGAAUAGACGGUGUGCUGCGCGUUUUGGAUCAAAGCACGGGCGAACUAGUCUCAAGUUACGUCAUGGACCAACCGGUAUCAUCAGCUUCUUCUUCUUCUUCUCUAGGAGGGAUAGAGAAAAGAAAGGGAAGGAGGCUCUCAGAAGAUGCUCGGAUCGACAUCAUUCCUAGAGCUGCUCGGCCUCCGAUCACGUGUUUGGCCGUGGGAAUGAAGAAAGUCGUCACCACUCACAACGGAAAGCAAAUAAGAUUGUGGAAAUUUCACUAGAAACUGCACCUUCUUUGAGGAUCGUUCUUGUUUUCGUUUUUUCUUUGAACUUCUUGAGGAGAAAAGAAGAAAAAAGAACGAAGAGAAAGGCAAUUUGUGUUGA